AUAAUUUAUAUAUGUUGUUAAAACAUUGUAGAUAAACGAUUUUUCCUCCAUUGAAUUUAUAGGAUGUUAAAUCCUCUCAUCAUACGGACGUUCUUCUUCUUCUUCUUCGUUUGCAUCUGCGAUAUCUCCCAUGCUGACGUGGGGACCGCCAGCGUCUACAAUCCCCCUUAUACACCCACCACGUGUUAUGGCAGUGAUGCAUCACAAUUCCCGUCGAGCAACCUGUUCGCGGCCGCCGGAGAGGGGAUAUGGGACAAUGGCGCUUCCUGUGGACGUCAGUACUUGGUGAGAUGUAUCAGCGCCGCCGUGCCGAACACUUGCAUUCCAGGACAGACAAUUCAAGUAAAGAUAGUUGACCGGGCUCAAACUUCGGUUUCUCGGCCAAGCAGGGAAGGAGUCACCAUAGUACUAUCAAAUACAGCGUUUGGUACAAUUGGAAAUCCGCCUGCAACUUCCAUGAACAUAGAAAUUCAACAGGUUUGAGGUGGAUAUGAAAGUUCAUGAAGAAGCCGGCUUGAUUAGCUUCUAGAGAAUGAUUGUCAUAAUAUUGACUAGCAAAUUAUUAAUUUGAGUACUCAAUUCUCCCCCCAGUCUUUGUCCUCCUCUAUUUGCAGUAAAUUUUCUUUAAAUUUUAUCUUUACAGUUUUUUACAUUA